UUGCUUGAUCUUCGAUCUUCAGUCUUCAAGAGAGAGAAAGCAAUAUUUAAGGGCGGAGGGGAUUAAUUCAGCAAGACUGAAGUGGGUCACCGGAGGAAAUGGGGAAACAACUGUUUCUUAUUCUCAACUCUGCCCUCUUGUGGUGGUGGAGCUCUAUAACAAUCCCUGGAGCAUGCUCGCGAAACCAAACGGAUCGGCUCGCGCUAGUCUCCUUCAGAAACACGAUACGCGAAGACCCGUUUGGAGUCUUGAGCUCUUGGAAUGACUCUACCCAUCAUUGUGAGUGGCAGGGGGUUUUGUGCAGUCAAAGGCAUCCUGGGAGGGUCACAUCCCUGGUGCUCAUAUCACAGGGCUUGGGAGGCUUCCUGUCUCCGCACAUAGGUAACCUCUCUUUCUUGAGGGUCAUGAUUUUGCAGAACAACAGCUUCCGUGGCGAAAUCCCACCACAAGUAGGAAACUUGCAUCGGCUCCGUGAUCUCACUCUUAGUUACAACUCAUUUGGUGGGCCGAUACCCUCCAAUCUUUCAUGCUGCUCGAACCUGGAGAACCUAAAUCUCAUAUAUAACCAACUUGUGGGGGGAAUUCAUUCCAAUCUUGGCUCUUUACCAAGGCUUAAAGUCUUGGGCUUGUCUAAAAAUAGUCUUGUAGGUCUCAUUCCUGCAUCGAUCGGAAACCUCUCACAGCUAGAAAACCUCGCCCUUUUAGACAACGCAUUGCGCGGAGAAAUACCUGAGCAAUUGUCCAGACUCAAGAUGUUGAAAUUUUUCCAACUAUCGAAAAACAAACUAACCGGCGAGAUUCCGCUGGGGAUUUUUAACAUCUCUGGAAUUAGCUACUUCAGUGUUAGUUUGAACCGUUUGCGGGGAAGCUUUCCCGAUGGCAUCGGCAACACUCUUCCUUCUCUCUCUGUCCUUAGCGCCACCAGUAACCUGCUCACCGGGAAGAUUCCAUCAUCGUUAACGAAUGCCACCGGUUUUCAGGAACUUUACCUUUACAACAACCGUUUCCAUGGGCCAGUACCCAAAAAUCUGGGAAGGCUCAAAGGCCUUUACAUGUUUACGUUGGCUCAAAACCAGUUGAAGGAUGACUUGAGUUUUAUUUCUUCUUUAGCUAAUUGUUCCAAUCUAGAAGUUCUCUCGAUGGGCUCAAACUUGUUUUACGGAUCGUUGCCGACAUCCAUCUCCAAUCUCUCCACCAGCGUUCAGCGAAUUCAGAUGCCAAAUAAUCAGAUCCGAGGAACUAUUCCUGCAGCUCUGGGAAAUCUCUUCAACUUGACUUUCUUGAGUUUAAAGGAUAAUUUUCUAACUGAGCACGUUCCUGAUUCUAUCGGAGCACUUUAUAGCAUGCAGGAACUUGAUAUAAGUGGAAACAUGUUUACUGGAGAGAUCCCAUCUUUGAUUGGUAACAUGACAUCCUUAUAUGUCCUUGACCUUCACUCCAACAAUUUCCAAGGCUACAUACCGCAAAGUCUCGGCAACUGCAACCGAUUAACUAGCCUCGAUCUUUCCAACAAUAACCUGCUUGGCUCGGUUCCGGUUGAAAUCUUGGGUCUUUCUUCCUUGUCCAUCUUGCUCAGUUUAGCGCAUAAUAAUUUAAGUGGAUCUCUUCCGAGGCAAGUUGGCUCUUUAAUAAAUCUUGGAGAAUUAGAUCUAUCUUACAACAAAUUGACUGGCUUAAUUCCGGCCUCCAUAGGCGGGUGCUUGAGAUUGGAACGGCUUCACUUAGAAGCUAAUUCUUUUCUAGGUCAAAUCCCCCAAGCUUUAAGUCCAUUACGGGGCCUACAAGAGCUCGAUCUUUCCAGUAAUAUUUUCUCGGGUCCAAUCCCAGCCUUUCUCACAGAGCUUUCACUGCUCAAGUACUUGAAUUUGUCCUUCAAUGAACUAGAAGGACAAGUUCCGGAGAGUGGAGUUUUUCUUAAUGCAAGUAUCGUAUCGGUUUCUGGAAAUAGACAACUCUGUGGCGGUGUUCCAGUUCUGAAGCUUCCUCUUUGCAAAUCUCCAAGCUCUGACAAGUCUUCUACAACCAAGACCAUAGUCAUAUCUGUGGUAACAGUCAGUUUGUCUUGUUUGGCUUUGUUGUUCCUGUCUAUCUAUUGUUACCGCAAAAAGAAGCAGACGACAACCGGUGCCUCAACGCCAUUGUCCUUGGAGCACCAGUUCUUGAGGAUUUCUUAUGAAGAACUCCUAAGAGCUACUGACAGAUUUUCUGAGAGCAAUUUGAUUGGUAAAGGGAGAUAUGGCACGGUUUAUAAGGGGAUUCUUGAUAGCGGUGCCACGGUAGCAGUGAAGGUGCUCAAUCUAAUGCAAAGAGGUGCUUCGAAGAGCUUUGUCUCCGAAUGUCGAACUCUAGGAAUCAUUCGACACCGAAACCUCGUGAAGAUACUAAGCGUUUGUUCAAGCGUGGACUUUCGUGGCAAUGAUUUCAAAGCUCUAAUAUACGAGUUCAUGGCUAAUGAAAGCUUGGAGGAGUGGCUGCACCCUGAAACUAUAGGACAAGAUGAUGAGCGCGGCAUAUCAAGAAAUCUGAGACUAGUGCAGAGGUUGAACAUCGCCAUCAACAUAGCCACUGCAAUUGAAUAUCUCCAUAAGGGUUGCUCUCUAGCAAUCGCCCAUGGAGAUCUGAAGCCAAGUAAUGUACUUCUGGACAAUGACAUGGUGGCUCGAGUUGGAGAUUUCGGGCUUGCAAAGAUCAUUUCAACGAUGUCUGCCGAAGCCAUAGGAGUGCAAGACCAGGGGAGUUCAACUUCAACCGCAGUUAGAGGAUCCAUUGGCUAUGUGCCUCCAGAGUAUGGCAUGGGACAUAAGGUUUCCACAGUUGGGGAUGCAUAUAGUUACGGCAUUCUAUUAUUGGAGAUGUUCACUGGGAAGAGACCCACUGAAGAGGCCUUUGGGCAGCAUCUUAAUCUUCAUAGCUUUGUUCGAAUGGCUCUUCCAAAUAGAACGAUGGACAUUGUAGACUUAAGGCUUUGGAGUGAAGCUGGUGAUCGACAACAGGAAAGCAAGAUCGGAGAUUGCAUAAUCUCCGUAUUCGAAGUUGGAGUCGCAUGUUCGAUGGAAUCACCGCCGGAUCGGAUGGAUAUGACCGAGGCAAUAAGGAAAUUAUGCUCGAUCAAGGCGAGUUACGAAACCAAAGAGAGGAGGACACGUAUGUAGCUAAGUCAGUUAUUUUGUUUCAUGUUGGAACUCUUUCCCUAGUAGAGACAAUCAUCAUCCAAAGGCAGUACUAGCAAAUUGACAUGAAUGUCUCCCUAGCUAGUCUGCCUACCCAUACCUAUUAUUACCUAUAUUCUUAAUAAUACACCAGUUUCUGUAUCUAAAAUCGUAGAAAGAGGAUGUAUGGAGUUGUAGUCUACCUAUUUCCCUUAAGUAACCAUGUAAAAUUUGAUGAAUUUGCUUAUUUGAAAGGUUGCCCUCAUUUCUGAUGCAACUGUAUA